AUGAACGAUCGACGCAGCAGCACUCCUUUCACAGAGGUUUGAAAUUUUUUGAACUGGAGUUGAAGUUUUUUUUACAGGAUUGCAUGAACAUCGGUGAUUCGGAAUCGAAUCCUCCGAUCCAACCGGUUAGACAAUUUACUUCCUAUUUCUAGUAAAAAGACGAUUUCAGGAAGUUCAGAGCGAUGAAGACGAAAGACAUGAAAAAAUGGACUGUGUGCCGGGAUUGGACGAAAGAAUUCCGAGGGCUCAAAAAAAGACAGUUUCUAUCAACUCUCCAGUCAAGAUAAAUAGCAUUGUUCGUUUCAUAAUAUUGUCUUACUUUUUUUGUGAUAAUUUUAAAAAAAAUUGAAAAAAAAUUUAAAGAAUCAAUUUUCAGUCUCCGGCAUUGACCGGCUUUUUAUUUGAAAUUGUAGGAAGUAAGAAGUGAACAUUUUUUUGAACAAGUUUUUUUUUCGAUAUCUAAAAUACGUGGAAAAAUUGAGAAAAAAAUUUUUCAGAAGUUUAGUGAUAACAUUUUAUUAACAGGUCCUUUUUCAAUUUUUUUUUUACAUCAAUUUGAUUUUUAUGUUGGGAAAGUUUUAAUUUUUUAAUUUUUGAACAUAUGCGCAAAAAUUGCUUUUCCAUUAUUUCUAAUUCUCAGAAAUAUAAGAAAGUAUUUUGCAAACGCCACAAAAGCAAAAAGGGUACAAAAUACAGGUUUUUUUUCCGAAGUAAAACUUUGAGUUUUUGUUCGCCUGCGUCACUAUCCCUUGUGUCAUUUGUUGGCAAAUAGACUGAAAAAACAGAACGCAUCAACAACCGAUUUCGAAUCGAUCUGACGAAAUUCUCACGUUGCAGCUUCUGCGGAGUCGAAUGAAUCGGACGCCUUCUGGAAGCGUUCGCGACGAAAAUACCCCACUUCUGCCACAAUGCAGGUUUAAAUGAUCUUUUACAGUGUUUUUGUCGAGAAAUAUCAUUUAAAAAAAAAAAAGAAGAUAUUUUAUGGCCCAUAAGUUUUUCUUUUUUUUCUACGGAUGUGUGAUCAGUGAUCAGUGGUCUUGCUUACUAUUUGAUAACAUUUUUUUAAAGAAAAAAAGUCAUAAAAUUGGAUUUAUUCGUAACAAAAAAAUGUUAAAGUUUUUUUGUUUGAGAUGUGGAAAUGUAUACAGUUUGAAAAAUAAAUCCAAAUUCAAUAUCUGGAAAAAACUGCCCGUUCAUCACAUCAUGAAAAAAAAAUAUUUUCGAAUAACCAAACCAUCCCCAUGAGCUCAGAUGCAAUAACUGUGUACUCAAAUAUGAGUAUCCUCAGGAUAAUUUUCUUGAAUAAAAAAGUUUUAUAUUCCAUUUUUCGAUUUCCAGUUCCUUGCCAACAGUUGUCGGGCUCGAUGAGGUUGUUGACGACUAUCCUGGUCCAUCCGGAACGACUCGAUCUGAGGUAAAAGAUCUUUCUCGUGCUUUUUAUUUUUUUGUGAAGUUCAGAUAGGAAGGAGUGAACUCAUCAGAAAGAGAAGGUCUCGUAGAGCUCGCCACAACACGGAGAUUUUUUUGCGGAUCCGAGGAAAAACAAGGUAA